UUGGGGCUAUUACAAAUAGUGUUGCUGUGAACAUCAUGUAGGUGCACAUGGUGCACACACAUGCAUUUCUGUUGGACAUUUACUUAGGAGUGGAUUUGCUGGGAGUUCCAUAUAUUCUACUCGUGUUUAUUGUCUCUUUCCUGACUAGAAUAUAAGUUCCACGUCUAGUUCUAUCCACUGUUAUGUCCCAGCGCCUAACGCAUUGCAGGGCUUCAAUAAAUUACCUUCUCCAGAGUGGCGUGGUCACCAGCUGGUUCAUCCCAGGCUAGGGACUCCGCUCGGGACUCUGCGCCUGUGGCGCGGGCUUUGGGUGGGGAAAGAGGUGCUCAGUGGAGGGACGUGGGGGUGGAGUAAGAGCCCGCCCCGCCCCGCCCGGUCCCGUGGCAGCCCCAGCUGCAAGUCCCGGGCGCUGGGUUAGAAAAAGCCGGGCUAAGCCGAGACCCAGACCCGGGAUCUGGCGCUGCCAUGGCUUCCGGCGGGCGGCCCGCGCCGGAGACGUCCGCCUCGGAGAUAAGAUCCGUCCGGCGUCCAGGUGAGAGUCCGGACGAAAGUCUGGGCGAAACAGUCCUUCGCUGUCUUCUCCCGCCGCCUCCGUGGAACGUCUCUCUCCCCGCGGCGAUACGGAGAAGUUUCCCGGAGGCUUGCCUGCGCGGAGCGGUCAGUCUCCCGGAGCCGUCGUGGACCAGACCCACGCGGGGGGCAAUGCGGCCUCGGUCAGCUGCGCGCCCCGCCCCCGGCGCCGCUCUGGGGCCACCGCCCCCGCCGCCCCCGGUUUCCAGCCGGCCCGUGCUGGUGCCGAGCGACUGGGGAGGCGUCCUGGACGAGCGCCAGCUGGAUGCCCACCUGACCCAGGCCCAGGGCCGCGAGGCGCGCCUGUGGCUGGGGGGCCGAAUCCAGCAGGUGGAGAUUUGCGAAGCUUUCCAGGAAGUCGUGUUGGGGCUCCUGAGAGUUGAGAACAUCUUUGACUUCUCCCAGACCACUUUUAACCUGGCUCUCACUAUCUUCAGCCGCCUCAUAGUUUCAGUAAAGAUAAAAAAGUGUUUACUCCAUUGUGUUACAAUUACUUCCUUGAGACUUGCUGCAAAAGUUAAUGAAGAAGAGGAGUUAAUUCCACGCAUAAAAGACUUCAUAAAGCACUAUGGCUCUGGCUAUUCCCCGAAUGAGCUGCUGAGGAUGGAGCUGGCUAUUUUGGACAAACUUCACUGGGAUCUCUACAGUGGGACACCGCUGGACUUCUUGACCAUAUUCCACGCCCUGGUGGUCCUGGGCUGGCCCCACGUGAAGGAGCUGCUGCCUCAGAGGAAUCCUUCCCUCCACGUCGCAUCCCUGACCAGGCAGCUGCAGCACUGUAUGGCGGGCCACCAGCUGCUGCAGUUCAAGGGCUCCACACUGGCCUUGGUCAUCAUCACCUUAGAGUUGGAGAGGCUCAUGCCCGACUGCUGUACUCCUAUAUCUGAUCUGCUAAAGAAAGCACAGGUCGGUAUUAGGCAAUGGAACCACUGCAAAGAACUUGUAAAGCAACAGCUGACAAGUUUUUAGUCAUCCUCCCGCACAGACAACUUUCUGGUUCACCUGCCAGCCUCUGUGCCCCUACCCCGGUGCCCUUUAGAGCAUAAUGGCAAUCCCGCCUUGCUUGGACUCCUCUAUAUUGUAGGCUUUACGGAUCCUAUAACAAGAAAGGAAGAAGGCCCUGAAAAAGCAACUGAGAAAAUAUUCCUGUCUUCAGAAAAAAUUAAGGGGGCAAAAAAGAUAGGUCAGGGUCCCUAA